AUUAAAUAUUCAGUUAUACUGAUUUUCCACCUGCUAAGUAACUACACUUAGACAUUGUAAAUUAAUUCGAUUUACUCAUCUAGUUCGUUUAAAAAAGUUGUCAGUUCAGCUCAUUAAUUCAACAAAAUUUUUGUUCUAUUUUUUCAUAUCUUUGUCAAGUUCACUAAAAAAUAUUGAAAAAUACCUCCAAAUUCUUUUAAACGGUUUUUCGGUUCGUCUAAAUUGAAAGUGUAGAAAAGUUUUUACAAUAUGACCACUACCACCAAUGUUUCUAGUAGUCCUCUUAACGAUGAUGAACUUUCCGAUAUAACGAAAAAAGAAAUUGCAUUUUGGUCCAAAAAAUUAAAUCUAUCCCCUUCAGAACUGUUUACGUUAUCGAACGAAGACCUUGAAAAGCGUUUGAAUAAAGCUCAGGGCCGCGAAAUAAAUGAUGAGGAGCGUAAGCGGCAAACUCGAAGUUGGGAACGUCUGAACGAAAUGAAAUCGAAACUAAUCGAAAGGCAAGAUGGCCGGCGACUCAAAGGUGGUGCUAAUCCUAAUAUAUGGGAUAUUAUGAUCAGAGCUGCUGCAGAAUUAGAUGAAGUGGUCGGAGGAGGUAGCUACGACUACGAAGAUGAUUAUGAUGAUUCUUCAUCAUGUCCUUCUCCUGGGGAUAUAUCGUACGACGAGAGUUACGAAGAGAAUUUCAAUCCAGAUGCCGUUAUAAUGGCUACCUCGACGCCAGUCGAAUCAACAUCGGGGGCUGCAAAUGUCACUUACAAUGCGGACGCCGCCCGUAAUGUACGGCCUAAUGAAACAUACACUGCCUCACCCGGUGCUACCGUCAGAAGUGCCACCUUUACUAGAAAUGCAACUUACUCUUCUCCAAGAGGUGCAGUUAGAAGCACUAGUCGUUCAUAUGUGCAAUGUCCACCCCGCGCUGCUAAUCAAACCUACAAAGUUAAUUCACCUGAAGCAAAGGCUCUUGCAGAAUCUCCAGCGCAAAGUAAUCAAACUUAUGCUGUGCCCAGCGAUCGGACUUACUCCGCGCCUAACGAUAGAACUUACAACGUGCCUAGGGAGCGAACCUUUAACGUGGCUAAGGAUCGAACUUAUGCCGUACCCGGCGACCGAACUUUCAAUGUACCUUUGGAUCAAACAUAUGUGCAUGGAUUGGAUCGAACCUACCCUAGAGCAUAUUCUUGUCCCGCUGGUCAGCGAACUUACAAUGUGACUCCAGGAAGUGGAAGUGGCUCUUCGUAUGAAAGUCCUACACUAUAUUCUCCCUCUUUGUCGCCGGAAGGAGUUACACCACCUAGAGCAACGCCUCCCCCACAAUUCGGAUCUACUGGCGGCUCCGGCACACAAGGGUUUUUAUAUCAAUCCACGCCAGUCCAACGAUAUCGCAAUUACACAGAGUACUGCAUGAGAUUCGGCACUGAUGGCUGUAACGAAACGGGCAAUAGUAUAUCUGUGGAAAAUUAUGAUGCCAACUCAGGAAUGGUUCAAGCUGCGUCGCGCACAUACAAUAUUCCAAGAGUAGCCGAUGCCACGUACGCCGUCCCAAGAGCAGGCGAUGCUACAUACACCGCUGCACCAAGGGCAGGCGAUGGAGUCUGUCGCUGCCCUGGGAAUCCACAAGCUCGCGAUGCCACUUAUAAUGUGGGUGCAAGCCCUUCUCCACACGUUCAAGGUUUCGCAGGCGGUGCAGCAGCGCAAGGAGUCCCAGCAAAUACUCCGGCCUGCCCACAUGCAGGUGAUGCAGGCUAUGCAAACACUCCGAGACGAGCAUCUCCUACAAGCAAUGUAGUACGUAGACUACGUUAUUAAUUGCACGACACAAACGUCACAGGAAUGUAGACUUAUCCAAAACUCUAUAUAAUAUAUUUGAA